ACGCGAAUAUUUGACGCGAUAUUCGAUUGUUUCGUCAUAUUUAAAAAUGAAGCCGAUCAUCGCGUUGCUCCUGUGUUACGUCACAAUCACCAAUGGUUUGCUUUGUUUGGAAUGCGAUGAAAGCGAAAGCAUCGCUGAGUGUGACGUCAACGGUCGACUUGUCGCCUGUCAAUCAAAUCAGAAAGCGUGCGAAACAGUGGUUCGCAGGUCCGGGUAUUCCCCCGGUGACGUAAAGGUAAUGAAGGGAUGCAAACAAAGGAAGGCGUGUCGUAAUAAUCAAGCACAGAACACACAGGUAUCGGGGGGCGGUAAGCAAUGCAACGCUGACCAACCAAGUUCGGUGUGCUCGUGUUGUUGUGUGGGUGAUGGUUGCAAUAUAGGGGAACCACCAUGUAUUGAAGAAGUUAUUAACGUGACGUGUCCCGUCCAAGCCACCUUUUACCACGGUGAGAUGCAAUGUAGCGACGGAAACAAUGAGGGUUCGGUGUGUAAGUUCGUUUGUACAGAGGGCGCGUUCAGUGUUUAUCCUGACGGGGUGAAUGCGAACCAGUGUAUGGGAGGCGGGGUUUGGAACAUUUCUAUGCCUUGUUGUGCAAGGCCAUGUCCUCCAUACUUCUUGUACGACAUGGUCACCCUUUAUCACACAACAAACGUUCAAUUGUUCGACAUCUUCAGUUUGGGUGCGAUAAUUAGAACCAGUGCGAUUGCAAUUGGCCCGGAAGCGACACAAUCAGCGUCGUUCUAUUAUAGCGACAAAAUUGACGAAGAUUCCGUCGUUUAUUUCAACGACUAUAAUUACAACCGAAGCCUCGGGAUUCGGUUAUAUGAUGAAAGGACUCGGCCGAACAAUUCAGCAAAUGGGAAAGUGAACACCGGCGCCGCCAUUCAGUGGGCGUUACGUAAUAUGUUCAACGAAUCACGCGGGGCAAGACGGAACGUCCCGAAAGUCAUCGUCGUCGCAAUCGACUCGGAUUCGGAUGAUGACGUCACGUCUGCGUCACAAGCGGCUAGAGAUGCAGGGGUAUUGAUAUACGUGUUUAACAUCCCGCCGGCGGGUGGCGCUCUUGAUCAAGACCAAAUGUUGUCAAUCACAAAUGACGUAGACCACAUAUUUACCUUUGACCCAGAGAGACGGAACUUCUUUUCUAAUGUCGGUUCAUUUACAACUGACGUCAUAUCCCAUUUCUGUAGCGACCCGUGCAACCAUGCGUUCCACAAUUAACUUAACAAUUCAUUUAUCUCUUCAAAUACGAUAGCGAAAAUUAAUUAAAACAACGAAGAGGAAAGAAUUAGUUUUAACAAUAAUCAUUUCUAGCUAAUUGUUGACACUUAAUAAAGUGACGUCAUAAAGUAAACUUAAUAAAGUGACGUCACAUGAAAAUUUCGCUCCCCGCGAUUUACGCGAUAUCUAUUCCAUAAAGUAGCAUAAAAAUCA